AUGGAUAGCAGCCAGAGCACGACUAUUUCCAACGGCACCUCCCAACGUCGCAGGCUCACCAAGAAGCCGCCCUCGUCCUACCAGCAACACACCCGUUCCUCGAGCGGUCUCGAUGGUGGCAUCGACGCCCUCUCUCUCCAGAGCAAACGCAGCUCUACGUCGCUGAAGCGCGCUCCUUCCGCUCCACCAGCCCGGACGACCCCCUCAAACGCGCCAGCAGCUGCUUAUUCCUCUGCUUCUGCUUCGGCAUCUGCCUCUGCCUCUGCUUCUGGCUCGGCUCAGAGUUCUGGUAUUCCUCUACCCGGCGUUGCUUCUUCUGCCGCUUCCAACAGCUCUUCGCCCCGUCACCUUCCAUCAAGUCAGACGCACCUUCCCAAUCCUUCCCCCAUUCUGCCUCAGGGCCAGUUCGCCGCCGUCGCUGGAUCUGCUGCUCCUUCCCCAACUGCCUACCACCACCCCCAGCUCCACGCCCAGGCCCAGACCUCCUCCUCCUCCUCCACCUUCCACGCUUCUUCUGCUGCCGCUGGCGCUUCUGCUGCUGCUGCUCACGGCCACGCCCAAACCCACGCCCACGCCUUUUCUCCUCACCACCAUCAGCUGCACUUCAAUCACCAAAACAAUUUCUACCAAAACAACAACACCAACAACAGUCCUGUAGGUAACGGUUUCGCCGUCGGCAUCGCCCACAGCACCGAUCGCCCGCUCGAUCCCGCCGCUCCCUCGCCUUUGUCGUCACAACCCCACGACGAAUUCAUCGGCGCUCCCUUUGACGGUGCUGCGGUCCUGAACCGCAUCGAGCAGACCAAGUCGCCUGUCGCCGGUCAGCAUCCUCACUUCAACACCCCCAACUACCACCGACACAACGCUCCCGCCCCGCUCAUCAAGUCAGCGACCGAUUCGCGCAUCAAGGGCCCCGCCCUGAGACAGUCCCAGAGCUUCACGAACGAUUCCUCCAUGAUGAACGAAAAAUCACAAGGCGGACGGGUGACGGACAACUCAAUGAUCAGCCCCAAGAGAUAUUCAGACGAGGCAAAGGAGCCCCGCAUGGGCGUCCUGCGCAAGAAGUCGGGCUUCUCUGGCUUCAUGAAUAGCCUCGUCGGCACCCCAAAGAAGCCAGUCAUUUCUGCGCCUGAGAACCCCGUCCAUGUCACCCACGUUGGCUACGACAGCUCUACUGGCCAGUUCACCGGUCUCCCCAAAGAAUGGCAGAGAUUAAUCAACGAGAGUGGAAUUCCCGAGAAGGAACGUAGGGAGAACCCCCAGACCAUGGUUGACAUCAUCACAUUUUACAAGGAAACGACCGAGAAGCCAGCCGAGGAUCAAGUUUUGGAGAAAUUCCACGAUGCUAGAGCGCCUGACUACCGUCAGUAUGCAAACGCGAACUCGCCGUCGGGUGCCAUGUCGCCGGGCAUGUAUCCGCCAACCACUUAUAUGGGUAUGUCACCAAUGAUCAGUCCACCUGCGAGCCCUAGGUUUCCAACUGUCAAUCAUGAAGGAUCUUUCGAAAACCCCCGCCAGCCGCCGCCCGUCCCUGGAGUUUCGGGAGGUAAAGGCUCCGGCAAGGACAUCAACCUGAUGCCCAGCCGCCCGGCCCCGAAGCCCCCCGUCAGCAUGCCCUCGUCGAUGAGGUCCGCUCCCUCCAACUAUCCCGGCAAGGACUCCGGCAUUGGAAUGUCUCAGCCCGCCGAGGACCUGCCCCCGGUCGCCUAUCAGCCGCCCAAGGAGAGCAACGUUCCCAUGCUACCCGAAGAGCAUCGUGGAGAGCACCGAUCCCGAUCCCGAUCCAACUCGCGUGCUGGCGCCCCCGCCGGUUACGUGCCCCCCACGCCUAACCCGCAGACAGCCCAGGCGAACGUUUACCAGCAGCAACUCAUGCAGCAGCAGCAAGAGCAGGCCCUAGCUCAGGCCCAAGCGGCCAUGUCUGGCCAGAUCAGCCGUGCCCCGAGCAAGAGACAGCCCCCCCAGCAGCCGACACCGCCCCAGUCGCAGCACCAGUACGCUCAGGGUCCCACGGCAAACGGCGGUCCCGGCCAGCGACAGCAAGUUGGUGUACCUGGCGCACCUGGUUCCAGACCCAGACACCGACCCCGCCAGAGCACCGGUAUCGAUGUCGUCGCUGCACUGAAGCGCAUCUGCUCCGACGGCGAUCCUCGCGAGGUCUAUAAGAAUUUUAAUAAGAUUGGCCAAGGCGCGUCAGGCGGUGUCUACACCGGCUACGAGCGAGGAACCAACCGUCUGGUCGCUAUCAAGCAGAUGAACCUCGAACAGCAACCCAAGAAGGAUCUCAUUAUCAACGAAAUCCUGGUCAUGAAGGACAGCUCACAUCCCAAUAUCGUCAACUUCAUUGACAGCUUCCUCUGCGGAGGUGAGCUCUGGGUUGUGAUGGAGUUCAUGGAGGGCGGCAGCCUUACUGAUGUUGUCACCUUCAACAUCAUGACCGAGGGCCAAAUUGCCUCCGUCUGCAGAGAAACACUCAAGGGCUUGCAGCACCUGCACUCGAAGGGAGUCAUCCACCGCGAUAUUAAGUCUGACAACAUUCUCUUGUCAAUGGAAGGCAACAUCAAGCUGACCGAUUUCGGUUUCUGCGCAACAAUUAACGAGGCCCAAAAUAAGCGCACCACUAUGGUUGGCACGCCUUACUGGAUGGCCCCUGAAGUUGUGACGCGCAAGGAGUACGGGCGCAAGGUGGACAUCUGGUCUCUGGGCAUUAUGGCCAUUGAGAUGAUUGAGGGAGAGCCUCCAUACCUGACCGAAUCGCCUCUUAGAGCGCUGUGGUUGAUCGCUACCAACGGCACACCCCACAUCAAGGAGGAGUCCAACCUGUCAGCAGUCUUCCGGGACUUCCUGUACUUUGCCCUCAAAGUCGACCCUGAGAAGAGAGCCAGCGCGCAUGACCUCCUUAGACACGAGUUCAUGAAGGGCUGCGUUGACCUUUCUCAAUUAUCGCCAUUGGUGCGUGCCGCAAGAGAAGCUCGGCUUGCCGAGAAGGCUAGAAAGGGACAGUAG